CCUGCUCUUCAGCCGGACCGUCCACCGCCGCCUGCCUGCCUGAAAACAUACUCCAAACAAUGCGACCCAUUCCCGAGGAGCUCACGACGCUCAUUUCAGAUCUUGAACAGUUCCUAUCUGAUGGAUUAAAAGGGGAAAACCUCAGCAAGAAGGCAAAAGAGAAGAGGGAGACCUUCAUCAAACGGAUUAAGGAGGUCAAGUUGGGUUUCCCACAAGAUUUCAAGGACAAGACACUGUUUACUCCUGCAGGUGGAGAUGACUCGUACGAUGAGGAGGAGGUUGACAGCAACAACGACGGCGGGUCACUGCAGUCAGAGCGCACAGACAAAGAUGACGAGGCCUGUGAAGGAGCUCAGCAGUCUCCACCUGUGGCAGCCCAGGACCUGCCGUCUGUCUUUAAAGCGGGAUACCUGGAGAAGCGCAGAAAGGAUCACAGCUUUUUUGGCACAGAGUGGCAGAAGAGAUGGUGCGCUCUAAGCCAUCAGACCUUCUACUACUACGGCAGUGAGAAAGACAAGCAGCAGAAGGGGGAGUUCAGUAUCGAUGGCUACUCUGUCAAAAUCAACAGCAGCUUACGGAAAGACUCCAAGAAAGACUGUUGCUUUGAAAUUUCAGCUCCAGACAAGCGAGUCUAUCAGUUUUGUGCGUCAUCAGUGAAAGAGGCGGAGGAAUGGGUGAAAGAGAUUGACUUUGUUCUUAAAGAUAUGUCGGGCAUCAUCCCAGAAGAUGAAGAGGAGGAACAGGAACUAUACGAUGAUGUGGGUAAUAUGGAGGAGGAAGAGCAGCCUGAGGCAAUCGAUGAAGACGUCUAUGAGGAGCUCCCAGAGGAAAUACCCACUCCAGCGAAGCCGCCUCCAAAGGUGGAUUUGGCGAGCAAACCUGCUCCACCUGUUGCAGUUGAUAAGAGCACUGACUACCAAAACCACUACCAGGGUUUAUGGGACUGUGUAGCAGACCAACCGGAUGAGUUGUCCUUCAAACGUGGAGAUGCCAUCUACAUCCUGAGCAAGGAGUACCAGAAUUACGGCUGGUGGGUCGGAGAGAAGAGCGGAGCGAUAGGAAUCGUUCCCAAAGAGUACCUGAUGGAGCUUUAUGCUCUAUAAACUCAUGCUGUGUGAGUUGCUACAUGAACACGUUUUAUUUUGAACUAUUGUUUGCCCUGUACAAAUCUAAAGAAUUCAAAUGUAUAACAGGAAAUUGCAAAUGUAAUAUUUUCUCAUUUUGGGGAUGAUACCAACUGUACAAGUGAAGUGAUUGGAUGACAAUUUCCUGAAGACCAUGUUUGAAAGUAUUUUUCUACUGCUUGUUUGUAGUCAUUUUCUGUAAUUGUUUAUCCACAACAUUUCUUGAAUUGUUUUUUUUGCAAAUGAAUCAUGUAUUAAUAGCUAGAGGAAUAAAGCUGUAAACAUA